AUGCUCUUUUGUUGGCUGCCCUCCUCUCUCCCGCUCUGCUCCAGCCCCGCCCCAGCCUCCGACCCUGGGGACCGCUGUCUGGCUGCCGAGGAAGCUGCGCCGCACCGGCCUCUGCCGCCACCUGGCGCCCGGCCGGGGCACGACGCCCUGGACAGCCUCCCUAAUAACACGAGCCGCGCGCCCCCGUGGGCGCCCCUGCCCCUCGCGGCCGCGCGCCUCAGCGCCCCUUCCGUGGCUGCAGGUCACACCCCCAAUCCCACUGCCACGUGGACCCGGGUUCCCUCCGGGUUGAAAGCAGGGAACCUGCAAGCCUCACUCAUCCUAAAAACGACCUUCAUCCUGCUAGCCUCCAGGAGCCCCGCACCCUGCUCGCCCUGUUUAGUAUUCGCACAGUUUUCAAGUCAUAGAAACAAUGUUUCGGCUUUUGGAUUUGUUGGUGGUUUGUUCUCAGCUGCCAAGGAUGAAACACCAGCAGAUAGGCAUGGAACUGCCCCUUUCUGGGGAGGUAGGGUAUACAGAGGGCAGCCACCUCGAAAGAGAAGACAGCGCUCUCCAAGCCGCUUCAAUCCUCAACACAGCCAGCCUAUUGCCAGCCAGUCUUCAUCUGCAGCCCAAGCAGACUCAGGUCUCAGGUCACACCUGCACCUGCCGUGGGCUUCAUCACAGACGCGUCUGCCCACCGUGGAGCCCUCCGGACUUCCUGGCAGCCACUCAUGCCGCUUUGCCCCAGGUUUCCAUGCAGCUGUGCCAUGCCUGGGUUCUGCACCUCACACCCUGGGUGUUUCUCUGAAGCCGACUCUCUCAGCGUCCUCUCCUCAAGCUCCUGCGCUAUCCUUCCCCUUCCCUGCGGGUGGGUGCUCCUCAAGCUUCCUGCCUGCCCAAGCCCCCCACUCCUCCUCUUGGGUGUGCUUCUGGGAGUGCAUCUGUGGCUCCCCAAGUGCGCUUCCAGUCCUGAGCCCUCCGGUGCACCCCACACCUACAUUUCCAAAUACCCGGGGAUCCGUGCAGCAAAGUCCUACCACCACACCACAGUCAUCCUGUCACACCCAAACUCCCUGCUCCAUCCAAUCUGCCUCUCUUCUAGCGACCAUCUUGCUUCCCUGGGUGGCACUCCUUGAUUCCCUGGCGAAUCUGUGUGAUCAGUCAGCUGGCCUGGACCACUGUUGCGGGAAACUGAGGACUAGAGAGACUGAUAGGGAGAAGAGGAGGAUUGUUUAUUUAAGACACUCACCAGCUUAGUGGAUUCAUAUCCAAAGAGCUGAGCAUUGAACAAAGACUGAGCAGGGUUUUUAUAAGCAAAUUUACAGAAGCAAACAAAAGCAGUUAAUCAUAUGGUAGGUCACAUAAUCUAUAGCAUAGCAUAACUUAACUUGUGGCCUUGCAUAGCUUGUAGCUUGUAACUGCAUUGAAAGAAAAAGAAGAACUGGCUAAAUACAGACAUUUGUAAAACAUAGUUAUGCCUAAGAAGCCAGGGAAAGGAGUAGCAGUAAAGGAAUUUGUCUUUUUCCCUUUUUUUUUUCCCUUCAACUUUGCCCUGGAAGAGGGUGGCGGUGGGGGUGGUGUCUGGAGCCCAUUCCUUUGGCCUUGGUUUCUUAAACAGCAUUAUCCUAUAACUGUCUUUGAACUGAGCUUGCUAGGCAGAAGAAAACUUGUCCUUUUCUUUUUAACCCUUGCCUUGCCUGUUACUUUUCUUGAAGUGAAUAAAUGCAUAUUUAUUUUUAAA